AUGGGUGGGAAGCCUUCUACAAUUGGAGAUAUAUACAGCUAUGGGAUUCUAUUACUAGAGAUUUUCACCGGAAAAAGACCAACAGAUGAAGCAUUUGAAGGUGGCAUGGGAAUUCAGCAUUUUGUAGCAAUGGAUCUACCUCACAAUGAAGAAGCCAUGGCCAUUAACAGCUCUUGCUCCAAGGCCAUUCUAGGAACUCAUGUUCCUAUGUAUGCUCCAAAUGCUUCCAACACACCCAAGUUUUCCUUAACCCCCAAUGGCCACAAGGGUUGCAGCUCUGGGUUCCCAAAACUUGUUCAAAACAAGGGCCUUUUCCCACUUCAUGCUGUGCCAUCCAAAACUAUGAUGGAUUUGGACAGUUUGGUGGUUCAAACUCAAGAACAACCAAAGGAGGAAGCAAAGAUGAUUAAUGUCAAAUUUCAGUUACACCGCAAUUGUAAAUAUGGUGAACAAUUUCUAGUAGUUGGUAAUGAUCCAAUGUUUGGAUCAUGGAACCCUGAAAAUGCAGUACCAAUGAGCUGGUCAGAAGGGCAUGUGUGGACUGCAGAGAUGGGUGUACCUGUUGGAAAAUUUCAAUUCAAAAUCAUUUUGAAAAGAAGAGAAGGUGACAUUGUGUGGCAGCCAGGGCCAGAUAGAUUUGUUCAGACUUGGGAGGCUAUGAACAGAAUCACUGUUUCUGAGGAUUGGGAAAAUGCUCAACUCCAGAAAGUAACAGAUGAUGAUGAAGAACAAGUUUCCAAGACAUCAGAGGAAGACCAACUUGCUCAGACAAAUAAAGAUUCCCAGAUUGAGUCAGAAAUUUCCAAUUUGACUGAGAAUCUUGAUCGUCCAAAAGAGACACAGAAAUGGAGUGCUUCUGCGGUGAUGAAGAGCACACGUUGA